AUGGUGGGUGGUGCCGUCGGGGCCCGAAGCCCCAUCAAUAUCGUAUGGGCAAAAAAAAACCGUUCUCCCUUCAGUGAGCGUCAAAUGUUAACUAAUCAAAAUCAAACCUUAUCACAUUUCGAUACAUUUUUUACCAUUAAAAGAGUUUCCGAUUCCAAAGAUACUUUUCACUCGGUAUCACCAUUUCUUGUACAAAAAGCCAUAGUAGUCGGUGAUGUUGCAGGUAUACGUAAACUGCGUUCUGGGGACUUGCUUAUAGAAGUUAAUUCUAAGAAGCAAGCACAGCAAAUAACCAAACUAAAAGCAUUAGCUACAAUACCAGCUACUGUUUCCCCUCACUCUUCCUUAAAUUAUUCAAAAGGUGUCAUAACCUGUGGAGAGCUGUACAAUGUUUCUCUGGAAGAAAUAUCUAAAGGAUUUCAACAGCAAGGAGUUACUCAUGUACGCCGCAUAACCAUUCGGCGGGAUGGGCAACUCAUUAAUACAAAACAUCUCAUCCUCACUUUCCAUUCGCCUAAACUGCCUGAAUUUGUAAACGCCGGAUAUCUGAAAUUACCUGUUAGAGCAUAUAUACCCAAUCCCUUAAGAUGUUUCCAAUGUCAACGUUUCGGCCACUCCAUAGCUAAUUGCCGCGGGACAGUAACUUGUGCCCGAUGUGCUGAAAAAGGUCAUGAAAGCCAGGAGUGCACUGCGCCAGAAAAGUGCGUCAAUUGUGGUGAAGAUCAUGCUUCCUUUUCGAGACUUUGCAAACGUUGGACUCUCGAGAAACAAAUAACCACUCUUAAGUUCAAAGAAAACAUUACAUAUCCUGAAGCUAGACGUAAAAUACUAGCUCAAACACCUACGCCUGGUUUAACCUAUGCUUCUGUGGUACAGAAACAGUUUUGUGUAAACUGUUCUUGUCCGAAUUGUGUAAAAUCUGCCACACACACAAAAACACUUGAAAAAUCAACUGAUUCAGAAACAGAGCAUUCCACAAACAAUGAAAUUGAAUUAUCGAAACUUGACAAACCUAAAAGAAAUAAAACAAAAUCUGGAAAGCAUUUGAAAUUACAACUCUCAAAACGCGGUCUUUCUCCACAGGAUAUUAGAACAAAACUUAGAAAAUCAACCUUGCGCAAUUCUGUUUCUUUGGGACUCGCAAAUCAAGGUGCAGUCCACAAAGACCUAACGUCCAUUUUUGGUGGCACAUCCAAAAAUGUAGACCUAAUCGCACUUCAUCCAUCUGAAGAGGAUGAAGAACUUAAAAUGAGUUGCGAUGCUUCUCAACUUCUCAACACUGUUCCUAAUCCUUUACUUGAAGCAAAAGUUACUUAA